AUGCCCCUCGCGCCCGCACAAGCCCGCGCACCCGUUCACGAUCUGGCAUUCUACUACCAUCUGCAACGCGCUUGCUACUGCUGGCCCAUCAAAGGUUAUCAACCUGGGUGGCGAACACAACUUUAAGACAUAACUCUCACAACUCCCAGUCCACAGGCACGAAUGCUUCAGGCUUUGUCCGCACCAUCUGCGGUUCUGCGCACAAUCUGCUCAUGCACAGGCGUGCAAGCUCUCGAGAGAAACUGUCUUCAGAACGGUGGCGCGCUCGUGCCAUGCCUGGCACCUCCAACCCACAAUUACACACAAGCCUCUACUGAACAGCAGCCGCCGUGCCCCCAGCGGCACAAUAACGAAUGCUGAAACAACUAGCACGCAAUCUCUUCGCGGCGAGCAGGCGAAAUGGCCGCCUCAGAUGCAUCCCCCGCGACGAUCGCCUCCCUCUGCCCGCCGCCAAGAGCUCGGCAUGCAACGCAAGGCAGGCAAGAUGCUCCUCUGGGAGGGCGCCCGCUUCUGCCCAGUCGCUCACGCGGCGCGCUUUGCGCGAACGGCGGCGGCCGAGCAGGCCAGCCGUGCGGUCAGCGCAGGAGGGAGGGAAUAGAGGGAGGGAAGGGUGUGGGAGGCUCCCCGAAGAAGGGGGAGAGAGGGUCCCGAGAGGCCGCCGUGCCUGCCGCCAGCCAGCUCGCGCCUACGCGCGGCUAUCCUGGCGCAUCAGACUCAGAAGAGGAGGAGGAGGAGGAGGAGGAGGAGGAGGAGGAGGAGGAGGAGUGGAACGGGAGGGGAGGGAGGAGGGAGGGAGAGGGCGGGCACCCACAGAAGACGGAAGAAGAAUGCAGCCAGUAAUUGGGCCAGUAACUAUGCGCACGGCUCCUUGGCUUCAAACCUUCAAAAGGAAGCCCACGCAAUGGCAUUCACAAAGUCGGCGGUUCAAAGACGGGGCCCUGAGGAAUGGGGCCUUAAGG